CAAAGAAUACUGCCAAAGAUCAAUAUCUCCUGAUCUAGCAUAGCACCAACGCCUCUCAUCACAACACGAAAACACUGAGAAGAAUGGAGGCAACGGCGGUUAGCGUGGGCAAAGCCGUGCUUGAUGGCGCGCUGGGCUACGCCAAGUCAAAGGCGGCGGAGGAAAUCGCGCUGCAGCUCGGCGUCGAGCGCGAUGUGGACUUCAUCAAGGAUGAGCUGCAGAUGAUGCAGUCAUUCCUGAUGACGGCGGAUGAGGAGCAAAGCCAGAACAAGGUGCUCACCACCUGGGUGAAACAGAUCGGGGUCCUAGCCUACAAGGUGGAGGACAACCUCAUGGAUUUUGGCCUCCACUCAGAGAAAAAGCCAUUUAUGUGGUGCAUCCCCCGCAAUCCGGGUGAUCGACGCCGCAUCGCCAAGGAGGUGAAGGAGCUGAGGGCCAAAGUGGAGGACGUGAGCAACAGGAACCUGCGCUAUCGCCUCAUCAAGGAGAGCUCAGGCUCCAAGUCUACCAUGGCAGAGGAGCAGGCCAGCAUUGCUACUGCGGCAAUGUUUGGCAUCAACGAAGCAAGGCUUGCUGCCUUGGAGCAUACAAAAUCAUCAGAGGUGGACCUCCAUCAGUUGAUUACCAGCAAGGAUGUGGACCUUAGGGUGAUCGCCAUGUGGGGAACCAGCGGUGAUAUCGGGAAGACGUCUGCUAUCCAGGAGGUUUAUGAUGACCCAAAGGUACUGAAAAGGUUUGGAUUCUGUGCUUGGAUUAGGUUGAUGCAUCCUUUCAAUCCACAAGAGUUCCUCCGCAGCUUGGUAAGGCAAUUUUAUGAAAAUUCUCAUGAUGAGGUUGGAAAGCCAUCUUUCAAUCCACAAGAGUUCCUCAGGAGCUUCGUAAGGCAAUUUUAUGAAAACCCCCAUGAUGAGAUUGGAAAGCCAGAACAAGAAACAAGUGUCGGGGCUAAUGUUCUGGCCAAGAUGGAGAAGAUGGAUCAAAGUGAUUUAGUCCGUGUGUUUAAUGCACAGUUGUGUAAGAAUAGCUACCUGGUUGUCAUAAAUGACCUGGCCACAAUAGAAGAGUGGCAUUGCAUUAAGAAGUACUUUCCCGACAACAAGAAACAAAGUAGAAUCAUCGUUUCCACGCAGCAAGCUGAAAUUGCAAGGUUGUGCACAGAGAAACCGUACCAAGUUUCGGAGUUGAAGCAGUUGUCAUGUGAUCAAACUUUUUAUUUGUUCCACAAGAAGGCUAUGCAUGAAGCAUGUUCUACUGAGCCCAUUUCCAACACGAACAAUGUUACUACUAUUGAGAAAAACACAGCAGUGCUCACCACCGAAAUACAUGUGGAAGAUCAAGAACGUAACAAUGCAAAUGAAGAAAAAGUUCAUAACUCAACUGCUGGAAAGAAGUUCGAACGCAGCAGGACACUGGCAUUGACUGAUGAAGUGCUUUGUGGGCGAGAAACAGAGAAAUCUGUUCUUAUCAAAUUAGUUGACCAACCGGACAACAAUCAAGGCUGUAAGGUGAUCUCUGUUUGGGGAAUGGGGGGUCUUGGAAAAACCACUCUUGUCCGAAGCAUCUACCAAAGCCAGCAGCUUGGUGGCUGGAAGCGUGCAUGGGCCACUGCAUUGCGUCCCUUUAACCCUGAAGUACUCCUUAGAGAUUUGGCUUUGCAGCUUCAGAAUACUAUUCAAGAAGGUCCUGCCGGAUCAGCAGCAACUACUGGAGCGCAAAAGAAAAGCAUAUCAGUGAUGAAACUUCAAGAGUUGAAGGAUGAGCUAGCUCGGGUACUAAAAUUGAAAAGGUGCCUUGUUGUUCUUGAUGAUAUAUGGUCCACUUCUGAAUGGGAUUUGGUCAAAUCAUGUUUGGAUAAUGCUGGAAGGAUCAUAGUCACCACAAGACAAAAAGAUAUUGCCAAACAUUGUUCAAGAGAAGACAAGAACAUGUACUGUCUUGAAGGUCUGAAAGAUGAUGCUGCACUUGACCUUUUCAAGAAGAAGGUGUUCAAGGACAAUAUUGAAGAAAAAGAUUUAGUCCCAGCUAUGAUGGAGCAAGCAAGAUUUAUCCUGCAUAAAUGUGCUGGACUUCCCCUUGCAAUAUCAACUAUUGGUGGAUUCCUAGCUACUAAGCCAAAAAAUUCUAUUGAAUGGAGAAAGAUGCAUGCCUGUAUUAGCACAGAAUUGGAGAUAAAUCCUGAACUUCGGACAAUAAAGACAAUUCUUAUGAGGAGCUAUGAUGGUUUGCCAUACCAUCUCAAGUCUGCUUUCUUAUACCUGGCCAUAUUUCCAGAAGAUCACAGAAUUAGGUGGGGUCGCUUGGUGCGGCGGUGGAUUGCAGAGGGCUACUCAAGGGAUAUGCAUGGCAUGAGUGCAAUUGAACUUUGUCGGAGGUACUUUGAUGAGCUCCUGGAUAGGAGUAUGAUCAUGCCAGGGGAAGGGACAGACCAAUACAGUCAGAAAAUCAAUUCUUGCCAACUUCAUGAUAUGAUCCGUCAAAUAUGUAUCUCAAAGGCUAGGGAGGAAAACCUUGUUUUCACGCUGGAGGAAGGAUGUUGUUUUAGCGACACACAAGGUGCAAUACGCCAUCUUGUCAUAGGUAGCAACUGGAAAAGGGACAAAGAUGUGCUGGAGAGCAUGCUGGAAUUGUCACAUGUACGGUCAUUGACCGUGUUUGGAGAGUGGAGAUCAUUUUUCAUCUCCAACACUAUGAGGUUUGUGCGAGUGCUUGACUUAGAAGACACACUGGGGUUAAGGGAUCAUCAUCUUAAUCAAAUAGGGCAGCUCCAUCAUCUCAAGUACCUUUCUCUUCGAGGAUGUCACAACAUUUUAUUCUUGCCUAAUUCUUUCCGGAAUUUGAGGCACCUCGAAACACUGGAUGUUAGAGGUACACGUAUAUCUGAGUUGCCAACAAUAAUCACCAAUCUUCGGAAGCUACAACACCUUCAUGCAGAUGAUCAUUGGCACUGUUUGCGUGUUAGGGGAGAGGAUGGCAUAGUUGAUAAGUAUCAACGUUACAUUGAUCGUAUUUCCACAUGUAAAAGAUGCAGCGUUUUGUGUUCCAGAGGUCAUAUUUUCUUGAGACCACAAGUUUUAGAUGCCGGCUUGAACAGGUAUGAUAUAUUCAAUCUAUACCGCUUCCAGGAGAGGAACCUAGAUGGCAUUAUUCUUCCUAGAGGGAUUGGCAAAUUGAAGGCCCUUCACUCAUUAGGUUACGCUGAUGUUUCUGGGAGAAAUGGAAAUGCCACUGUAAAAGAGUUCGGAGAGCUUACUCAGCUACGUAAGCUUAAAGUGGGUGGUCUGAGCUACAGAAACAUCAAGGAGUUAUGGUCUGCCAUUGCUGGUCAUAAUCAACUUCAAUCUUUGUCAGUUGAAAUAGGUAACCAGCAUGAAGAGGGGAACGAGUUAGAUGGCUGUUUGGGUGAGGGUUUGCUGCCACCAAGCAGCCUCGAGAGCCUCACUCUGCAUGGCAAGCUAGUCAAUGUAACAAAAUGGAUCCAUAAGCUUCAGAAUCUCUCCAAGUUGGUGCUACAGUUUAGCAAAUUGGAGCAAGUUGAUGCUAUACAAACCCUCGGGGUGCUACCAAAUAUAGCGGUUCUACGCCUGCGCUAUGACUCAUUCAGGGGGACACAGCUCCAUUUCCAGAGGUCAUCUUUCCCUAGCCUCAUGGUGCUGGAGCUCAGUUGGUUAGACAUCCAGUCGGUGCUAUUUGGAGAAGACACAAUGCCCAAGAUUGAGCUGCUACAAAUUGGUGUGUGCGACGAGCUGAAGGACAUCUCCGGGCUACCAGCCCUCAAAAGCCUCAAAGAAAUUCAGUUUCCUAAUGAUGGUGACAGUUAUUACAGUAAAAUAUUAGAGGUGCAGAGGGAACAGGUGGAGAGGCAGGUAGCGGAGCACGUGAGAGUGAACUAUUAAACUCUUUGUGUGUGUGUGUGUGUGUGUGUGUGUGUGUGUGUGUGUGUGUGUGUGUGUGUGUGUGUGUGUAUGUGUGUGUGUGUUUCCAUGGGAUUCUUAUUAUCGUACUUGUCCUGUAUUCUACGUACUGUACGUACAGUAGGACUAGUCAUUGAUGUAUCUGUUACAAAAACUGGGUCACUCGGGCCUAUACAGCAGGAUUGUAAGUCUGUAAUGCAGCAGUGGUUUCACUUUAAAA